AGGAGUUGGUGCUCACACCAUCUGUUGGAGCCCAAGAUAGUCCCAGGGAAGUUCUAGGCAAGGGCCUGGCUGGUCGGACACCCCGGAAUGUGGGGCCACGCUGAUUUUGCAUGUCCCUGGGUGUCACUGCCCAGAAGGGGCCACCCUCUCCUUCCCACAGAUACCCCCCAUCCUUGCUGCCUGAAGCCAAGCCUGACUUCAUCAGUUCCCCUUCCUCCUGAGCAUGCUCCUAGCUCUUGGAUCCUUGCAGAUCUCCUGCAGACCUGUGAUUGGAGCCCGGCUCUGUGUCCAGAUGACCCUACUGUCCACGGUAUCCGCAAUGGCGGUGACCGAGCCCAAGUGGGCCUGUGGGUAUAGCCGCUCCCUCUGGCUGGUGCUGCUCAGCAUGGCACUGGGCUCCCUGCUGGCCCUGCUGCUGCCAAUGGGGGCUAUGGAGGAACAGUGUCUGGCCGUGCUCAAAGGCUUUUACCUGCUCCGGAGCAAGCUGGACAGGACACAGCACACUGCUGCCCAGUGCCGUGGCCCAUCGACUGAGCUCAGCGUCACCUCCAGGGAUGCAGCCCCACGAGCGGUCCAAACCAAGGCCUCGCCAGCUGCUAAGUUGGAGGCCAGAGCUGCUUUGAACCAAGCACUGGAAAUGAAGCGUCAAGGGAAGCGGGAAAAAGCCCACAAGCUCUUCCUGCAUGCCCUCAAGAUGGACCCCGACUUUGUGGACGCUCUCACAGAGUUUGGCAUCUUCUCAGAAGAGGACAAGGACAUCAUCCAGGCGGACUACUUGUACACCAGGGCGCUGACCAUCUCGCCCCACCACGAGAAAGCCCUGGUGAACCGGGACCGGACGUUGCCACUGGUGGAGGAGAUAGACCAGCGGUACUUCAGCAUCAUCGACAGCAAAGUGAAGAAGAUCCUGUCCAUCCCCAAGGGAAACUCGGCGCUUCGCCGGGUCAUGGAGGAGACCUACUAUCACCACAUCUACCACACGGUGGCCAUCGAGGGCAACACCCUCACCCUCUCAGAGAUCCGCCACAUCCUGGAGACACGCUAUGCUGUGCCGGGGAAGAGCCUGGAGGAGCAGAACGAAGUCAUCGGCAUGCAUGCGGCCAUGAAGUACAUCAACACCACGCUGCUCUCCCGCGUUGGCUCCGUGGCCAUCAGCGACCUGCUGGAGAUCCACCGGCGAGUGCUGGGCUAUGUGGACCCCGUGGAAGCCGGCCGGUUCCGGAGGACCCAGGUCCUGGUGGGCCACCACCUCCCGCCGCACCCCCAGGAGGUGACCAAGCAGAUGGAUGAAUUCGUGCAGUGGCUCAAUUCGGAGGACGCCAUGAACCUGCACCCAGUGGAGUUUGCGGCCCUGGCCCAUUACAAGCUCGUUUACAUCCACCCGUUCAUCGACGGCAAUGGACGCACCUCGCGACUACUGAUGAACCUCAUCCUGAUGCAGGCGGGCUACCCCCCCAUCACCAUCCGCAAGGAGCAAAGGGCCGAGUACUACCACGUGCUGGAGGUCGCCAACGAGGGCGACGUGAGGCCCUUCAUCCGCUUCAUCGCCAAGUGUACUGAGACCACCCUGGACACCCUACUCUUCGCCACCACAGAAUACUCUGUGGCACUGCCCGAAGCCAGGCCCAACCACUCCGGGUUCAAGGAGACCCUGCCCGUUAAGCCCUAACCUGUGAUGAGG